AUGAACAUGCUGUCAGGCUUUUCAAGUCACAUAGUGACAUCCUGGAGCCUUAGUGGAGCAAAGGUCAGUAUCUGUAUAUCUGCUAUUGAAGAAAGCACAUUUCUAAUUUGGCUAGGCAAUCUUCCCUACCCAAAGCUCCAAGCGUACGUACAGAGCUUGCUUGACACCAAAAACUUGGGUGAUCUAGAGGAUCUUGUUGAUGGAAUGGAUCUCUCAGAGGAAUGGGGGGAACAAAACCUCAGUCUUGAAGGCCAUGCUGAUAGCAACUGGUCCACAAAAUGCAUUGAGGCUCUUCGCGCAGAUGGCACUGAAGAAUUAUUUAUCUUCGUUGACCCCAGGCCUACUCCUCAGAGAGAGAUCUGGCAAAACUGUGUUCGGAACAAGCAGAGGCGUAUGGGUUGGAAGUAUCCUCCAGAGAUAUAUGCAACCAGGUUUCGACGCCAUGGGUCGAAGGAUCCCCUUAAAGGAAUGGAAAUCGAAAGAAUUAUCCUACAGCUUAACGGUGUGCAUUUCCCUUGUCUAUCUAUCUAUGCCAAGGAUAAAUAA